AUGAAGCUCCUGGAGAACAACCGGCUGAGCGCGCUGACGGCGUUCCUCACGGAGCGGUCCCUGGGCGACCGCGUCAUCGACGGCCGCGUCGAGGCGUUCAGCUGCAAACGCGCGGGCGACGACAAGAAGCUCAGCAAGCAGCUCGAGAAGCAGUACGCCGACGAGCUGACGAGCUCGCCCGGGAGCCUGGACACGACGAGCCCCCUCGGCGUGCUGAGCGCGAGCAGCACGCGGCGGCUCCUCAUCGACUUGAUCAGCACGAUGAACGCGUCGUUCCCCGACCACGACUUCUCCGCGCUGCGGCCCGAGCAGUUCUGCCGCGAGGCGAGCGCCGACUUCGUGGCGCGGUCCUGCACGCGCUACCUCAGCGAGAUCAGCGACCAGGGCUUCGACCUGCUCCAGGAGCUCUGGGCGGCCGUCGAGGAAGCCGUCUCGCUCAAGGACUGCGAGGUCUUCUCCUACGUGCCGGACCUCGACAGCGACCCCUUCUCCGAGGGCGCCCUCUGGUCCUUCAACUACUUCUUCUUCAACAAGACCCUCAAGCGCAUCGUCUACUUCUCCUGCGUCGCGCGCUCCAAGUACUCCGCGGACCCCAAGUCCUUCGAGGAGUACGACGACGACUACAGGAUAUACGAGGGCGACGACGACCGCCUCCCGGCCGGCGACUGGGUCAUGGACACGGAGUGA